CCCUUUUGACGUCUGUUCCGAUGGUGGGCGUCACACUUUGUCAACAUUUUGCCCUUACUCGUCAUUAUCUCCCAUUUUCUAUCUACUCCGUAGGGUGGUGGUGGUGAUUAGUCUACGGACUUAAUAAUCUCCAGUGGCGUUUUCCGUCAACUCAAAGGUCGAGCCACUUGCAACUCACAGGACCUGAGCUGUCGACGCCUCGGCAAUAGGGGAGAUUUACUUAGCCUUAAGGCCGGCCAACAUAUUCCAGUGACUGGAACUCUUUGCUCUUUCUCUCUCUAUUCAUUCUUGACAUGCAUAUGCACACUCGACUGGGGCAUCAGCUGCCGAACUUGAUCCACAGCUCACCUAUUUCCAAGUCGAGUGCAUUUGCGAGCCACUGUCACCGUGCAAUGGCGACUCAAGUCCCCCACAAGUUCGAUAUUGGGACAAAGUUCAAGUUGAAUUCAGGCUAUGAGAUCCCGCUACUUGGCUAUGGCGUGUACCAAACCCCAGCGGAUGUGGCCGAGCAAGUGACACUGCAUGCGUUUCAGACGGGCUAUCGACACGUUGACUCGGCUCGGGCGUACCGCAACGAGCAGCCUGUUGCAGACGCCAUUCGGAACUCGGGCUUGAAACGCGAAGAUAUCUUUUUCACUAGCAAAGUCCCACCACGAAGCAUGGGCUACGAGGCCACGCAAAAGGCCAUCAAUUCCUCAUUCGUCCAGACCGGUCUCGACUACAUUGACCUCUAUCUGAUCCACGCCCCAUACGGCGGCAAGGAGGGUCGGCUCGGGAGCUGGAAGGCGCUGGUUGAGGCCCAAAAGGCCGGUAAGAUACGAUCAAUUGGCGUGUCCAAUUACGGCGUACAUCACUUAGACGAGCUCGAGGCGUAUAUCAACUCAGCAGGCGACGAUGGAAGCAAGAUCGACGUCGGUCAGUGGGAGAUUCAUCCCUGGCUACCACGUGACGAUAUCGUUGAGUGGUCCCGCAAGAGAGGCGUCGCCAUCGAAGCAUACUGCCCUAUCGUUCGCGGUGAACGAGCCGGUGAGGAGGUCCUACAGGAGCUAGGAAAGAAACAUGGCAAGACCUGGGCCCAGGUCUUGCUGAGGUGGAGCUUACAGAAGGGCUUUGUUCCCUUACCUAAGAGCGUCACUCCUGAGCGUAUCGAGCAGAAUGCAGAUAUCUACGAUUUCGAACUCGACGCGGACGACAUGAAAGCCCUUGACUUCCCCAACUCUUACGCCCCUUGCAGUUGGGAUCCGACCACGAGUCAUGAUUAGGGGCAUAUGCUGGAUGAAGUUGGUCACAUGUAAAAUAUAUCGUGGAAUAGACUCAAAGAGUCUUUCUUGUCGUUUAUGGUGUACGGUCCGCAGAGGUUAGGGUUAGACCACUGGUAUGUCUGAAGCGAAAGGCUUGUUAUGGAGAAAUAUAGGUAAAGACACUCUACUCUAGGCUGGCCUACAGCAGUCUUAUCCAAAUAUGUCAUUAUAAUCAAUGAAUU